AUGCGAGGCCUGCGCAUCACCCAGCCCUCGUACGUCUGCCGACAAUGUAGAGCCAUCCAGAUCAGCGCCGCCCCGAGCACGGAAGCUCCGAGAGGCAGCGUUGGGGCCGGAGGGGAUGUCUUUGGCACGCCAAUUGACCCCUCGCGAGACAUGGCCGAUGCACGAUUCGAGGUCCUCGGCUCGCCUUAUUCCAUGCUCUCGGUGACCUUAUCGCCCUCGCAGCGCCUAUACACUAGACGAGGCACGCUCGUUGCGCUCGCAGGCAACCCUGAAGAUGCCCAAUCCACACUCUCCGUUCUAAACCCCCUCACCCGCGCCCCUCUCGGCGUUCCGUUCCUCUACCAGCGCAUAUCCGCCGCCUCGCCCGCCACGGCGCUCAUCUCAACCAAGUCCCCCACCACGACCUUUUCCGUGAUCCACCUCGACGGCACGACCGACUGGAUGGUGGCGCAGCGCAACGCGCUCCUCGCCUGGACCGGCCACACGCUAUCGCCGUCGCCCCGCAUGCAGACCGGCCUCGGGCUCGCGCACUGGGGCAGCACCUUCCUGACCGGCCGCGGCCUCGCCGCCGUGUCGGCGCCGGGCCAGGUGUACCAGCUGACGCUCGGCGAGGGCGAGGCGUUCGUCGCGCACCCGGGGAGCGUCGUGGCGUACGCGGUGUCGCGCCACGCGCCGCGGCCGUUCCGCUUCAAGAGCUCGAGCUUCCGCCUGCAGGUGCCGUCGGUGGCGCGCUUCCUGCCGGAGCUGGCGUUCGUCAAGGCGGUGCGCGAGUCGGGGGCGUACAAGUUCGUCGGCCGCGUGCUGUUCGGGCUGCGCACCAUGGCCCGGCGCAGCAUCUGGGGCGACCGGCUGUUCCUGCAGUUUCGCGGGCCGACGACGAUACUGAUGUCGAGCCGCGGCGUACGCGUUGCGGACGUGCUGUCGAGCCGCGAAGUCAACGAAAUUGCGGAUGCGCCGGCGGGUGCGGUGCAAGAGGCCCUACAGCCGGCUGCGGAUGGCAAGGCCAAGAUGGAGGAGGUGUCGGCGUUCAAGGUGGCGGAGGCCAAGCAGGACGGCAAGGUCACCUUUGAGGACGGCAAGGACCUCAAGGAGUUUGUCCGGUAG